GGCGACGUCGCCUGCUGCUUCUACCAGUUCGUGCUGCCUCCGCACCUGCGCGAGGCGUUUGGCUUGCCGCCAGUGCCCUCGGCAGCGUUGCCGCCGGUGGCCCGCCGCGCCGCGGGGGCUCCCCCGCCCGAUGGGCUUGUCCGGCUUCGGCUGCGCGUGGUCCGAAUGGGCUGGUCUUGGACUGUCUACUUCGUGCAGCAGGCCAUGCAGCGCAUUCUGGGCGACGUCGUCCCAGCGGAUUACCUGCUCGCAGAGUGCAUGCCGCGCGCGCCUGUGCAGCCUGGCUCUGGCGUCUCCCUGAUCUACGUCGACAACUUCGCCGCGCUCGCCACCUCGCAGGAGGAGGCGGGCUGCCUCUUGGAGGAGAUGCUGGCCGCCGUGGCUGCUGCUGGAGCGGAGGCUGGGCCCGGGCCCCAGGGCUCGCCGCUGCUGGGCUUUGAGCUGGACAGCGAGGGCACGCGGUGGCGCCCCUCGGCCCGCAAGUUUUGGCGCGUGGCUCUGGCCUUGCGCGCCUUGGGCUGGGGCAAGACUCGCCGUGCGGAGCGCCAGAUCGCGCGUGUGGUGGGCAACGCCUCGGCAAUCGUGCUGCUGCGGCUCGAGAUGCUCUCCCCAGCCCGCGUCUGGGCCUCUGUGGGGAAGGAGCUGCGGGCUGCGUGGGCGCUGCUGCCGUUGGCCCUUGUCGAUGUGAACCUGCCGUGGUCACCGUCCGCGGCAUCGGUGGGAGCAUCGCUUCACGGCUUCGGUGUGACCGAGAAGGACUGGGAUGCUGCCGAGCUGCUCCGCCCCCCUUGUUGGUUAUCGGCGACCCCCUACCAAUAA